AGUAAACACAUGCUCAGCUCAGCUCUGACCCACUUGUCAUAUUUGUUUAUAUUCAUAAUCCAAAUUUUUGUUAAUUUCCUGUAUCCUCUCAAGUGCUCGAGAAUGCCGUUUGUCAAGUUGCAGUCAUCAGAUGGUGAAAUAUUUGAAACCGAUGACCGUGCAGCUAAGUGCUCGGGUACGAUUAAAACUCUGCUUAAGGAUUGCCAAUUAGAAGAUGCUGAAAGUCAAAUAAUACCCCUGCCAAAUGUUAAUUCAAUGAUUUUAACUAAAAUUCUUCUUUGGGUCAAUCAUCACAAGGACGACGAGCCAGUUGACGACAACGAAGAGGAUCGGACCUAUAGCAUUAGCCAAUGGGACGCAGAAUUCCUGCAAGUCGAUCAAGGUACACUUUUCGAGCUCAUAAUGGCGGCCAAUUAUUUGGAUAUUCGAGGUCUAAUGGAAGUCACAUGCAAGACAGUGGCCAAUAUGAUUACUGGCCGUACUCCCGAGGAAAUACGAAGACUGUUCAAUAUACGCAAAGACUUCACUUCCUCCGAAGAGGAAUUGGUACGUAACGAGAGUGAAUGAAAGGGCUAGACUUCAAUUCAAUAAAGAUAUAUACUUUAUCACGCA